AUGGUUAAAGCGUGUGAGUUCUGCCAUGAAAAGCACUUGCACUGCGAUCCGGGCAGACCGUGCAUAAACUGCGUUAAGCGGAACCGAGGCCAGCUGUGUAGGGAUAAAGAGCGGAAGAAGUCAAAGAAGAGCGGUGUUGAAAAAUCUGUUGGUGGUUCAGAUGCUCAAUCAUCUGGAAGUUCACAAAGCAAUAAUACGGCCGAAGUCAAUGUGUCAGCCGAUUAUACUGCUGGUACAAUGUUUAAUAAUAUGGGUUUUGACCCAUUACAGCAAUCAAACUAUGGUUUUGAUACUAUGACGAGGCAGAAUAACAAUAAUGAUAACACUUUAUUAAACAGUUCUAAUAAUAACGCUAUUGAUAUGGGGAAUAGAUGGAGCAGUCAGCCAGAUGUGGUAGAUAAUAUGGUAAGUCCAAACAUAACAGAUGGCAGUAACACUGUGGAAUUCGAUAGUGCAUGGGCUAAUAAUGAAUAUAUGAAACUAGAUGAGUUGACUAAAAAUGGUCCGCCAAUGAUGUUCUCCUCGUAUCCGAACUCUGUCACCGAAAAUUUGGAUCAAGAUAAUGCAGUAGAGGAUCUCCCGAUAUCAGUAUUGCCAGGAAGUAAGACUAAGAAUGGCACGGCCGAAAACCUUUCCCAGUUUUUAAAUAUCGGGAGGCCCUUACAUAAAACGCAGUCAAGACCAUAUAUCUCUUUAGAUAUGAUGACAGCAGGCAUGAAGGAUGACAUUUUACCUCCAGAGACAUACAACACAACAUCACUAGGCGAUAAUUACUUAUCUCCUAUCAAUUCGGUGGGAUCAUCGACAAAUCAACUAAACGAUUAUCAAGACAGCAUACCGCACCAGAAGACGAUGACUUCUCCUGUGCUUCCGACACAAUCUCCAUCUUCCGCUUUCAAUCCGGCAAAACUUCCAACACAGGUUUCGAUAUCGGCAAUAUCUCCUGAUGAUAAUAACGAGGAUGAUCAGAAAUCAAGUUCUGGGAUACCAUCCAAAUCUGAUAAAGAGAAAAAUAAUAAAACGAAAAAGGCGAAAGAGAAGAUAUUUAAAACUUCGCCAAAUGAUAUAUUAAUCUCUAAGAAGAAUCCAAAGGGUCAUAAAUCUACCAAGAGGAAAAAUGAGAAAGCUGACAUAUCACCUUAUAAAUUUAGACAGCUGGUAAAAGUCCCUGAAGACUUGUAUGAAAAACAAUACCUGAUCAAGCCGCAUAACUACAGACAUACAUACAAGAAACUUUUAGAACAAUUGGAGAAAAUAUUCCUUUCAGAUAAUAGUCCCAAGAGAAGGGGUCAAUUACAAAGUAUUGUGAAAUGCAUAUUAGAAGAUUAUGUACCGACAUUCAUCGCGCUUACAUCAAAUAUGAUUGAAUCAGACUUGUACUUGCAAGAGUUGACGUUACAAAGGACACUUUUGGAACUGGAAAGCAUGGCAAAGCUUGUGAACUGUUCUCCAAUUUGUAUAUGGAGAAGGUCAGGAGAAAUUUCAUAUGUUAGUGAUGAGUUUUUGCAGCUAACUGGGUUUAAACGUAAGGAGAUAUUAGCAAGUAGGCGAUUUAUUUUUGAAUUCUUAGAUCCUACAAGCAUUGUGAACUAUUUCACCAAUUUCCAUGAAUACUUGGCAUUUGGAUCUAAGAAUCAGAUGACAAGCAAUAUCUCACUGAUAAAGCAAGGCUUAUUGGUAAAUGGUGCUGUGGUUAGAAAAAGUAACCCAAUAGUAUCAUCAAGCCCUAUGUGUGGAACCAAUACUGACGGGAUAUUUGAUGAGUGCCACCUAUUAUUGAGUAAUGGUUAUUAUUUAAAAUGCGCCACCUGCUGGACAGUUAAACGAGACAGUUUCAACAUCCCACUUCUGAUUAUGGGACAAUUUCUGCCUGUAUUUGAAGGCCAGUAG